AUGCAGUUCACCAAGGCUCUCCUUCUCCUGGCCUCGGCCCUGGCCCCUCUCGCGCUCGCCACGGCGCCCACCGUGACCCGUACCCUGACUCUGGUGCCAUCUGGCUACACGGCUCCCACGUCGACCCCGACCCCAACACCUACCUCCACCGUGACGCCCACGCCGACUGUCACGCCCACCAGCACUCCCCUCUCCUCGAGCGCCUCCUUCAGCCGCGCCCCCAGCUCGACUCCGCUGGUCAAGAGCACCUCGACCGCCGUCGAGGUCACUACUGAGACUGCUGCUGCUCCCGCGUCGAGCUCUGCGCCUGCCACCGGUGCUGCGGCGCGCCAGCUGCCUGGCGCGGUUGCGGCCGGUGUGGUUGCGGUUGCCGGUCUGCUACUUGUUUAG